CGUAUGUGUGUGAGUGCGUGUCCUGCUCGCUCCAUGUUGCCGCCUCUCCCGGUACCUGCUGCUGCUGCUCCCGGGGCUGCGGGAAAUGCGAGAGGCUGAGCCGGGGAGGAGGAACCCGAGCAGCAGCGGCGGCGGCGGCCGCGGCGGCGGCGGCGGCGGCGGCGGGAGGAGCCCCCCAGGAGGAGGACCGGGAUCCAUGUGUCUUUCCUGGUGACUAGGAUGUCGUCGGAGGAGGACAAGAGCGCGGAGCAGCCGCAGCCGCCGCCACCACCCCCCGAGGAGCCCGGAGCCCCGGCCCCGAGCCCCGCAGCCGCAGACAAAAGACCUCGGGGCCGGCCUCGCAAAGAUGGCGCUUCCCCUUUCCAGAGAGCCAGAAAGAAGCCUCGAAGUAGAGGAAAAACUACCGUGGAAGAUGAGGACAGCAUGGAUGGGCUGGAGACAACAGAAACAGAAAAUAUUGUGGAAACAGCAGAAAUCAAAGAACAAUCAGCAGAAGAGGAUGCUGAAGCAGAAGUGGACAACAGCAAACAGCUGGUCCCAGCCCUUCAGCGCUCUGUGUCUGAGGAAUCUGCAAGCUCCCUGGUCUCUGUUGGUGUCGAAGCCAAAAUCAGUGAACAGCUCUGUGCUUUUUGUUAUUGUGGUGAAAAAAGUUCAUUGGGACAAGGAGACUUAAAACAGUUUCGAGUAACACCUGGAUUUAUUUUGCCAUGGAAAAACCAGCCUUCUAACAAGAAGGACGUUGAUGACAACAGCAAUGGAACCUGUGAGAAAAUACAAAACUCAGCACCACGAAAACAAAGGGGACAGAGAAAGGAACGAUCUCCUCAGCAGAAUAUAGUGUCUUGUGUAAGUGUAAGCACUCAGACUGCUUCAGAUGAUCAGGCUGGUAAAUUAUGGGAUGAACUCAGUCUGGUUGGCCUUCCAGAUGCCAUUGAUGUCCAAGCCUUAUUUGAUCCUACAGGCACUUGUUGGGCUCAUCACCGCUGUGUGGAGUGGUCACUGGGGGUGUGCCAGAUGGAAGAACCAUUGCUAGUUAACGUGGACAGAGCUGUUGUCUCAGGGAGCACAGAACGAUGUGCAUUUUGUAAGCACCUUGGAGCCACUAUCAAAUGCUGUGAAGAGAAAUGUACCCAGAUGUACCAUUAUCCUUGUGCUGCUGGCGCCGGCACCUUUCAGGAUUUCAGUCACUUCUUCCUUCUUUGUCCAGAACACAUUGACCAAGCUCCCGAGAGAUCAAAGGAAGAUGCAAACUGUGCAGUGUGCGACAGCCCGGGAGACCUCUUAGAUCAGUUCUUUUGUACUACUUGUGGUCAGCACUAUCAUGGAAUGUGCCUGGAUAUAGCGGUUACUCCAUUAAAACGUGCAGGUUGGCAAUGUCCUGAGUGCAAAGUGUGCCAGAACUGCAAACAAUCGGGAGAAGAUAGCAAGAUGCUAGUGUGUGAUACGUGUGACAAAGGGUAUCAUACUUUUUGUCUUCAACCAGUUAUGAAAUCAGUACCAACCAAUGGCUGGAAAUGCAAAAAUUGCAGAAUAUGUAUAGAGUGUGGCACGCGGUCUAGUCCUCAGUGGCACCACAAUUGCCUGGUAUGUGACAGUUGUUACCAACAGCAGGAUAACUUAUGUCCUUUCUGUGGGAAGUGCUACCAUCCAGAACUGCAGAAAGACAUGCUCCAUUGUAAUAUGUGCAAAAGAUGGGUUCACUUAGAAUGUGACAAACCAACAGAUCAUGACCUGGAUCAGCUCAAGGAAGAGUACAUCUGUAUGUACUGUAAACACUUAGCAGCUGAGAUGGACCCGUUACAGCCAGGGGAUGAGGUGGAGAUGGCUGAACUCACUGCAGAUUAUAACAAUGACAUGGAAGUUGAAGGCCCCGAAGACCAGGUGGUGUUUUUGGAGCGAGCGGUGAAUAAAGAUGCCUGUGGCCAGGCGUCCAUACCUGGAAUUGUUCCAGAUGCUGUUCAGCCCCGCCCUGGAGAGCCGCAGAGGAGUGACCAACCAGGAAGCCCUGACACACGUGGACUUCUCAUUUCUGACCCAUCCCCAGAUAAAAUGAAUCCUGAAUUGGAAAAUCAGAUUUCUUGUGAAGGUGAUAGUGAAAAAAUGGAAAUGUCCUCUAAAGUGCUGCAUGCUUGUGGUGAAGAUCAAAAUAAAAACAGGAUGGACGUGACAGAAAGCGUGGAAGUCCUUGCUCCCCAGAUCCACGUGCAGCAGGAGAAACUGCUGUUAGAGGAACCUCAAGCGGCUGCAUCCACAGAAGAAUCCAGACCUGCAGCCAUCGUCAUGGAAUCUGUCACUGUUCCGCCAGAAACCAUAGAGCCCCCGUGUGGGGAUAGUUCUUUAUGUUCUAAGGAACAGUGCACUCUAGAAAGGGUACAAGACGAAACGGGACAGAAAGAAAAUACCGAACCUUCUACGGCUUCUGUGGACUUUGAAAUGGCUCCUGCAGUGGAGAGUUGUGUGAAAGACGGUUUAUGCCAGGAAGACAAAUCCGUGAAAUUACCGUCUGAGACGGAGUCAUCCUUUUCAUCAGCAGCAGACUUGAGCAAGGCACAUGCGUCUUCCAUUCCAGCACUUUCUUCAGACUUGCCUUCCCAUGACGUGCUGCACGGUUGCCCUUCAGCUCUCAGUGCUUCUGUUGGAAACAUCAUGCCAACAACUUACAUCUCAGUCACUCCAAAAAUCGGCAUGGGUAAACCAGCUAUUACCAAAAGGAAGUUUUCUCCCGGUAGACCUCGGUCCAAACAGGGGGCUUGGAGUACCCAUAAUACAGUGAGCCCACCUUCCUGGUCCCCAGACAUUUCAGAAGGUCGGGAAAUUUUUAAACCCAGGCAGCUUCCUGGCAGUGCCAUUUGGAGCAUCAAAGUGGGCCGCGGGUCAGGAUUUCCGGGAAAGCGGAGGCCUCGUGGUGCGGGACUGUCGGGACGAGGCGGCAGAGGCAGAUCCAAGUUGAAAAGUGGAAUUGGGGCGGUUGUGUUACCCGGGGUGUCUGCUACAGAUAUUUCAUCAAAUAAGGAUGAAGAAGAAAACGCUAUGCACAAUACAGUUGUGCUGUUUUCUAGUAGUGACAAGUUCACUUUGCAUCAGGAUAUGUGUGUGGUUUGUGGCAGUUUUGGCCAAGGAGCGGAGGGAAGAUUGCUGGCCUGUUCUCAGUGUGGUCAGUGUUACCAUCCAUACUGCGUCAGUAUUAAGAUCACUAAGGUGGUUCUCAGCAAAGGUUGGAGGUGUCUUGAGUGCACCGUGUGUGAGGCCUGUGGGAAGGCGACUGACCCCGGACGACUCCUGCUGUGUGACGAUUGCGACAUCAGCUAUCACACCUACUGCCUGGACCCUCCACUGCAGACAGUUCCCAAAGGAGGCUGGAAGUGCAAAUGGUGUGUGUGGUGCCGACACUGUGGAGCCACGUCUUCGGGCCUGAGAUGCGAGUGGCAGAACAACUACACGCAGUGCGCCCCCUGCGCGAGCCUGUCCUCCUGCCCCGUCUGCUGUCGGAACUACAGGGAGGAGGACCUCAUCCUGCAGUGCCGACAGUGUGAUAGAUGGAUGCAUGCAGUUUGUCAAAACUUAAAUACUGAAGAGGAAGUGGAAAAUGUCGCUGACAUUGGUUUUGACUGUAGCCUGUGCAGACCCUAUAUGCCUACAUCAAAUGUGCCUUCCUCAGACUGCUGUGAAUCUUCACUUGUAGCACAAAUCGUCACAAAAGUGAAAGAGCUAGACCCACCCAAGACCUACACCCAGGAUGGGGUGUGUUUGACGGAAUCAGGGAUGACCCAGUUACAAAGCCUCACAGUCACUGUUCCAAGAAGAAAACGGUCAAAACCAAAGUUGAAAUUGAAGAUCAUAAAUCAGAAUAGCGUGGCUGUCCUUCAGACACCUCCGGACAUCCAGUCAGAGCAUUCCCGGGACGGCGAAAUGGAUGAUAGUCGAGAAGGAGAGCUUAUGGAUUGUGAUGGAAAAUCAGAAUCUAGUCCCGAACGGGAAGCUGUGGAUGAUGAAACAAAAGGAGCAGAAGGAACAGAGGGCAUCAAAAAGAGGAAAAGGAAACCGUACAGACCAGGUAUUGGUGGAUUUAUGGUGCGGCAAAGAAGUCGAACUGGGCAAGGAAAAACCAAAAGAUCUGUCAUCAGAAAAGAUUCCUCAGGCUCCAUUUCUGAGCAGUUACCCAGCAGAGAUGAUGGCUGGAGUGAGCAGUUACCAGAUACUCUAGUUGAUGAAUCCGUUUCUGUUACUGAAAACACUGAAAAAAUAAAGAAAAGAUAUCGAAAAAGGAAAAAUAAGCUUGAAGAAAUUUUUCCUGCCUACUUACAGGAAGCUUUCUUUGGAAAAGAUCUUCUAGAUACAAGUAGACAAAACAAGCUAAGUUUAGAUAAUCUAUCAGAAGAUGCAGCUCAGCUUUCAUAUAAAACAAACAUGAACACAAAUUUCUUGGACCCUUCCUUAGAUCCACUACUCAGCUCGUCCUCAACGCCAGCGAAACCUGGAACUCAUGGUACUGCUGAUGACGCCUUAGCCGACAUUUCCGAAGUCUUAAACACAGAUGAUGACAUUCUUGGAAUAAUUUCAGAUGACCUGGCGAAAUCAGUUGAUCAUUCAGGUCUUGAUUUAUGCACUUUCCAGGUUGAGAGCUCACCUUGUCCAUUUGCUGGAAUAGACAUUGGGCCUGAUGCUCAUGACCCUUCUCUGCCUCAGCCAAGUGUCAAUCAGAGUUCACGACCCUUGAGUGAAGAGCAGCUUGACGGCAUCCUCAGUCCUGAGCUAGACAAAAUGGUCACAGAUGGAGCAAUUCUUGGAAAGUUAUAUAAAAUUCCAGAGCUUGGAGGAAAGGACGUGGAGGACCUGUUUACGGCGGUGCUCAGCCCCGCAGCCGCGCAGCCUCCCCCUGCCCCGGCGCCACAGCUGCUGCCCAUGCACAGUCAGGAUGUUUUUUCACGGAUACCACUCAUGAAUGGCCUUAUUGCACCCGGUCCUCACCUCCCACAUAACUCUCUGCCUGCUGGAAGCGGAUUGGGAACCUUCCCUUCUGUCGCACCAUCUCCCUACGCUGAUGCCAGGGAUAAAAAUCCAGCCUUUAAUCCAAUGGCAAGUGAUCCUAACGGCUCUUGGACAUCCUCGGCGCCCACCAUGGAAGGAGAAAAUGAUACAAUGUCAAACGCCCAGAGGAGCACACUCAAGUGGGAGAAGGAGGAGGCCCUGGGCGAAAUGGCAACGGUGGCCCCCGUGCUCUACACUAAUGUUAAUUUCCCCAACCUCAAGGAGGAGUUCCCCGACUGGACUACGCGAGUGAAGCAGAUCGCCAAGUUGUGGAGAAAAGCAAGCUCGCAGGAAAGAGCACCAUACGUGCAAAAAGCCAGAGAUAACAGAGCUGCUUUACGAAUUAAUAAAGUACAGAUGUCAAAUGAUUCCAUGAAGAGGCAGCAGCAGCAAGACAGCAUCGAUCCCAGCUCGCGUAUUGAUUCAGAUCUUUUCAAAGAUCCACUAAAGCAAAGAGAAUCGGAACAUGAACAGGAAUGGAAAUUCAGACAGCAAAUGCGUCAGAAGAGUAAGCAGCAGGCCAAAAUUGAAGCCACUCAGAAACUGGAGCAGGUGAAGAAUGAGCAGCAGCAGCAGCAGCAACAGCAGCAGCAGCAGUUUGGCCCUCAGCCUCUCCUGGGUCAGUCUGGCUCGGACACACCGAGCAGUGGGAUACAGAGCCCCUUGACCCCCCAGCCUGGCAAUGGAAGUAUAUCUCCUGCACAGUCAUUCCAUAAAGACCUGUUUACAAAGCAGCCGCCCAGCACCCCUGCCUCUGCAUCAUCAGAUGAUGUGUUUGUAAAGCCGCAAGCCCCCCCUCCUCCCCCCGCGCCAUCCCGGGUUUCCAUCCCAGAGAGUCUGUCCCAGUCCCAGACUUCUCAGCCACCUUCCCCACAGGUGUUCUCACCUGGAUCUUCUAACCCCCGGCCACCAUCUCCAGUGGACCCUUAUGCGAAAAUGGUUGGUACCCCAAGACCACCUCCUGGGGGCCAUGGCUUUUCCAGAAGAAAUUCCGCGUUGGUGGAAACCUCUGCACCUUUAUCAUCAGUGUCUCGGCCCAUGAGCGAGACGCCAGCGAGUCGGCCAUCCCCAGUCAGAGAUGUGUGCUCUUCCUCCGCAGCAAACAGUGACCCCUAUGCAAAGCCUCCAGACACGCCUCGGCCUGUGAUGGCAGAUCCGUUUCCCAAGCCCUUGGGCCUACCCCGGUCUCCUAUAGUUUCUGAACAAACUGCAAAAGGCCCUCUUGCAGCUGGAGCCAAUGACCACUUCACUAAACCAUCUCCCAGGGCAGAUGCAUUUCAAAGACAAAGGAUACCUGACCCCUAUGGGCGACCCUUGUUGACACCUGCACCUCUUGAUAGUGGUUCUGGACCUUUUAAAACUCCCAUGCAGCCCCCUCCAUCCUCCCAGGAUCCUUAUGGAUCAGUGUCACAGGCACCAAGGCGAUUGCCUAUGGACCCUUAUGAAAGGCCUGCUUUGACGCCACGACCUGUAGAUAACUUUUCUCACAACCAGUCAGGUGAUCCGUAUAGCCAGCCUCCCCUAACCCCACAUCCGGCAAUGAAUGAAUCUUUCACCCAUCCUUCAAGGGCUUUCCCCCAGCCUGGAACCAUGUCAAGGCUCGCAUCUCAGGAUCCGUACUCCCAACCUCCAGGAACUCCACGUCCUGUUGUUAAUUCUUACUCCCAACCCUCAGGAACAUCUCGAUCCAACCCAGACCCUUACUCUCAACCUCCUGGAACUCCCCGGCCCGCCGCCAUUGAUCCGUAUAGUCAGCAGCCACCAACCCCAAGGCCGCCUGCACAAGCAGACUUGUUGGUUCCACCUGCAGCGAACCAGAGGCAUUCGGAUCCAUAUGCUCAUCCUCCUGGAACACCAAGACCUGGAAUUUCUGUUCCUUACUCUCAACCACCAGCAACACCAAGGCCAAGGGUUUCAGAGGGUUUUACUAGGUCUUCAGUGACAAGACCAGUCCUCAUGCCAAAUCAGGACCCUUUCCUGCAGGCAGCACAGAAUCGAGGACAAGCUUUACCUGGCCCCUUGGUACGGCCCCCUGAUGCGUGUUCCCAAGCAGCUAGGCCACCCGGACCUGGCCUUUCAGACGCGUUCAGCCGUGUUUCCCCAUCUGCUCCCCGUGAUCCCUAUGAGCAGCCGCCCAUGACUCCAAGAUCUCAGUCUGACUCUCUGGGACCGAGUCAGGUCACUCACGAUGUUGCUGAUCAGCCGCGGCCUGGAUCAGAGGGGGCCUUGGGUGCACCUUCCAACUCUCCAGUGAAUUCUCAAGGCCACCAGUUCCCUGCUGUCUCCCAACUCCCUGGACCUGCACCGACCUCGGGAGUCACCGAUACACAGAAUACUGUAAAUAUGUCUCAAGCUGAUACCGAGAAAUUGAGACAGCGACAGAAGUUACGUGAAAUCAUCCUCCACCAGCAGCAGAAGAAGAUGGCAGGUCGGCAGGAGAAGGCCUCCCAGGAUCCAGGAGCAGCGCCUCCCCCGGCCCCCCUGCAGCACUGGCAGCCGGAGAGCAUCGGGCCCGCUUUCACUAGGCCUCCGCCCCCCUAUCCCGGGAGCAUCAGGUCACCCGUUGUUGCUCCUCUGGGACCGAGAUACACAGUUUUCCCCAAAGACCCCCGUGGACCCUAUCCUCCUGAUGUUACUGGAGUGGGAAUGAGGCCUCAGGGAUUUAGAUUUGGAUUUCCAGGAGGAAGUCAUGGUCGCUUGUCAAGUCAGGAACGCUUCCUUAUGCCUCCUCAGCAAAUACAGGGGUCUGGAGUUCCUCCCCAGCUGAGAAGGUCAAUGUCUGUCGAUAUGACUAGGCCUCUAAAUAACUCACAGAUGAAUAACCCAGUUGGACUUCCUCAGCAUUUUCCACCACAGAGCCUGCCAGUUCAGCAGCAUAACAUACUGGGCCAAGCAUUUAUCGAGUUGAGGCACAGGGCCCCCGAUGGAAGGCCACGGAUGCCCUUCACCGCCUCUCCAGGCAACAUGAUAGAGGCACCUUCCCAUCCGAGACAUGGGAGCUUCGUUCCCCGACCAGACUUCCCAGGCCCAAGACACACAGACCCAAUGAGACGGCCUUCCCAAGCUCUCCCUCAUCAGCUGCCUGUGCAUCCCAAUUUGGAACAAGUGCCACCAGCUCCGCAAGAGCAAAGCCAUCCCGUCCACUCGUCUUCUGUGCUCAUGAGGUCUCUGAGUCAUCCCUUGGGAGGUGAAUUUCCGGAGGCCCCUCUGUCAGCGUCUGCACCAGCUGAAGCGGCGCCUGAUAAUUUGCAGAUAACCGCCCAGUCUUCCGACGGUCUCGAGGAAAAGCUGGACUCUGAUGACCCCUCAGUUAAAGAACUGGAUGUUAAAGACCUCGAGGGGGUUGAAGUCAAAGACUUGGAUGAUGAAGACCUUGAAAAUUUAAAUCUAGAUACAGAGGAUGGCAAGGGCGAUGAAUUAGAUACCUUAGGUAAUUUGGAAACUAACGAUCCUAACCUGGACGACCUCUUAAAGUCUGGAGAAUUUGACAUCAUUGCGUACACAGAUCCGGAACUGGACUUGGGAGAUAAGAAAAGCAUGUUUAACGAGGAACUCGACCUCAGUGUUCCAAUCGAUGAUAAGUUAGAUAGUCAGUGUGUAUCUCUUGAACCCCCCAAAAAGGAGCAAGAAGACAAAACUGUGGUUCCUUCCGAUAAGCCUUCUCCUUGGAAAAAAUCCACUGUCACCAGUGAGAUAAAAACGGAAGUACUGUCUCCAAAUUCUAAAGGGGAAACCAACUGUGAAAGUGAGAAAAGUGAAGCGUGUAGAGACCACGUGGACGCCCCCUGCCCCGGGGCCUCUGCUCACACAGCCACAAAUGAUGGGGAGAAAGCUUCCUUGCAGUCUUGUGAUACGGAGCUCCUUGAGAAGAGGGCCGACGGAGACACCGCUGGCUCCAACACAGCUGGUGGUCAUGGGCCUGCUCACUUGCCUGCCGAAGAUGUGAUAAACCCUUGCGGGAUAACGGGAUCGACUCCAGUUCUCUCAAGUUUACUCGCUAAUGAGAAAUCUGAUAACUCAGACACGAGGCCGUUGGGGUCUCCACCUCCAACUCUGCCGGCCUCACCAUCCAGUCAUGUGUCAAGUUUGCCUCCUCCCCUCAUGACACCACCUGGUCAUGGUCUGGAUAACACCAUGAAUUCCAAUGUGACGGCGGUCCCUAGAUUAAACCACACUUUCCCUCCGGGUAUGCAGGUAAACCCGGGAUUCCUCCAGGGCCAGUCACCAGUAAACCACGCUUUUGGAACAGGAAAACCUACAAAUCAGACUGUCCCUCUGACAAGUCAGUCUGGUACCGGCGGCAUGUCGGGACCCCAGCAGCUAAUGAUUCCUCAGACGUUAGCCCAGCAGAAUAGAGAGAGGCCCCUCCUUCUGGAGGAGCAGCCUCUCCUUCUGCAGGAUCUUCUGGACCAGGAGCGGCAGGAACAACAGCAGCAGAGACAGAUGCAAGCCAUGAUCCGUCAGCGGUCGGAACCAUUCUUCCCCAACAUCGAUUUUGAUGCAAUUACAGAUCCUAUAAUGAAAGCCAAAAUGGUGGCUCUUAAAGGCAUAAAUAAAGUAAUGGCACAAAACAAUAUGGGCAUGCCGCCGAUGGUUAUGAACAGGUUCCCCUUCAUGGGCCCGUCGGUGCCUGGCACACACCCUGGUGAAGGGCAGAAUGUCCUGCCCCAGACAGUGACGCAGGAUGGCAGUAUAACACAUCAGAUUUCUAGGCCUAAUCCUCCAAAUUUUGGUCCAGGCUUUGUCAAUGAUUCACAGCGUGAGCAGUAUGAAGAAUGGCUUCAGGAGACCCAGCAGCUUCUUCAGAUGCAGCAGAAAUACCUUGAAGAACAAAUUGGUGCACACAGAAAAUCUAAGAAGGCCCUUUCGGCUAAACAGCGCACUGCCAAGAAAGCCGGGCGUGAGUUUCCAGAAGAGGAUGCAGAACAACUCAAGCACGUUACUGAACAGCAGAGCAUGGUUCAGAAACAGUUGGAGCAGAUUCGUAAGCAGCAGAAGGAGCAUGCCGAGCUGAUUGAGGAGUAUCGGAUCAAGCAGCAGCAGCAGCAGCAGCAGCAGCGAGCAAUGGCCCCACCCACUGUCAUGCCAGGCGUCCCACCCCAGCCGCCCCUAGUUCCAGGCGCACCCCCCCCUUCCAUGAGCCAGCCCAGCUUUCCCUUGGUGCCACCACAGCUGCAGCACCAACAGCACACAGCAGCUAUUUCUGGCCACACCAGCCCUGCCAGAAUGCCCAGUUUACCUGGAUGGCAGUCUGCCAAUGCUCCUUCUCACCUCCCCCUCAAUCCUCCUAGGAUUCCGCCUCCAGUUGCCCAGUUACCAAUAAAAGCUUGCACACCAGCCCCAGGGACCGUGUCAAAUGCAAAUCCACAGAGUGGACCCCCACCACGGGUGGAAUUUGAUGACAACAACCCCUUCAGUGAAAGUUUUCAAGAACGAGAACGCAAGGAACGUUUACGGGAACAGCAGGAAAGACAGCGCAUCCAGCUCAUGCAGGAAGUAGACAGACAGAGAGCUUUGCAGCAGAGGAUGGAAAUGGAGCAGCACAGCAUGAUGGGCCCUGAGCUCAGUGGUAGGACUCCUGUGUCCCAGAUCCCAUUCUACGGUUCUGACCUGCCUUGUGAUUUUAUGCAACCUCCAAGGCCCCUCCAGCAGUCUCCGCAGCACCAACAGCCAAUGGGGCAGGUUUUACAGCAGCAGAAUAUACAGCAGGGAUCUGUUAACUCACCUCCCACCCAAAAUUUCAUGCAAACCAACGAGCGAAGGCAGAUAGGACCUCCCUCCUUUGUUCCCGAUUCUCCAUCAGUUCCCGGUGGCAGCCCGAACUUCCACGCUGUGAAGCAGGUCCACGGCGGUCUUCCCGGGGCCAGCUUCCAGCCGUCCCCCGCGAGGCCUCCUUUUACACCUGCUUUACCCCCAGCACCUCCAGUGGCUUCUAACAGCCUUCCGUGUGGCCAAGAGCCUGCCGUGACCCAUGGACAGAGUUACCCGGGAUCCGCCCAGUCCCUCAUUCAGCUGUACUCUGAUAUCAUCCCAGAGGAGAAGGGGAAGAAGAAAAGAACGAGGAAGAAGAAGAAGGACGAUGAUGCGGAGUCUGCCAAGGCUCCCUCCACCCCCCAUUCGGAUAUAACUGCCCCGCCGACGCCGAACGUCUCCGAAACUACCUCCACGCCCACGGUGAACACGCCCAGCGAGCUUCCUCAGCAAGCAGACCCCGAGCCGGCGGAACCAGGCGGCCCGUCGACUCCUGACACGGCAGCAGGCCCGCUGUGUGCGGAGCCAGAGAACAAGCUGCCCGGCAGUGACUUCUCACAGCAGACCUAUGCAAGUCCAGAGGUGGAUAAGCUCCCCAUCGAAACCCCUGCUUCCAUCAAAGAGAUUAAACUGGAGACGGCGGAGCGGGAGCCAAGCCCCGGCCAAGACGGAGCUGAGGCGGAGGAGCGCCCUGGGGGUCAGGCCCAGGAGAAGGCUGCAGCCGGAGCCGCCCCCACGGGGCAGAGCCCACCCCGACCUGCAGGGACCCCCGCUGCCAAAGGCGAUUCGGGCAAUGAGCUUCUGAAGCACCUGCUGAAAAAUAAAAAGGCAUCUUCCCUUCUAAAUCAGAAGCCCGAAGGUGGAUUUUGCUCAGAAGAUGACUGUGCGAAGGAUAACAAACUAACUGAGAGGCAGAACCCAGCCGAAGUGCCAACUUUGGGGGCUCAAAUGCAAGGUGGUUUUGGAUGUGGUAACAACCAGUUGCCAAAAACAGACGGAGGAAGUGAAACCAAGAAGCAGCGAAGCAAACGGACGCAGAGGACUGGGGAGAAGGCAGCACCUCGGUCAAAGAAAAGGAAAAAGGAAGAAGAGGAGAAACAAGCUAUGUACUCUUCCACUGAGACCUUUACGCACCUGAAACAGCAGCUCUCUCUGCUCCCUCUAAUGGAACCAGUCAUUGGAGUGAACUUUGCCCACUUUCUUCCUUACGGCAGUGGCCCGUUUAAUAGUGGGAAUCGACUUCUAGGAGCUUUUGGCAGUGCUACCCUUGAAGGGGUUUCGGAUUACUAUUCUCAGUUGAUCUACAAGAAGAUGGCAAAUGGUUUUGCGACAACUGAAGAGCUGGCUGGAAAAGCUGGAGUGUUAGUGAGCCAAGAAGUUACCAAAAGUCUGGGACCUAAACCAUUUCAGCUGCCGUUCAGACCACAGGAUGACUUGUUAGCCAGAGCGAUUGCUCAAGGCCCAAAGACAGUGGAUGUUCCAGCUUCACUCCCAACACCACCUCAUAACAAUCAGGAGGAAUUAAGGAUCCAGGACCACGGUGGUGGUCGGGACACCCCUGACAGCUUUGUUCCUUCAUCCUCUCCGGAGAGCGUGGUCGGGAUGGAAGUCAGCAGGUACCCGGAUCUGUCACUGGUCAAAGAGGAGCCUCCGGAGCCGGUGCCAUCCCCCAUCAUCCCGAUCCUUCCCAGCCAUCCCGGGAAAGGUUUGGAAUCUAGAAGGAAUGACAUCAAAACUGAACCAGGCACUUUAUUUUUCACAUCACCGUUUGGUUCCUCCCCAAAUGGUCCCAGAUCGGGUCUCAUAUCUGUGGCAAUUACUCUGCAUCCGACAGCUGCUGAGAACAUUAGCAGUGUUGUGGCUGCGUUUUCCGACCUUCUCCACGUCCGAAUUCCUAACAGCUAUGAGGUUAGUAAUGCCCCAGAUGGUCCAUCCGUGGGUGUGGUCAGUAGCCACAGAGUAAACCCAGGUUUGGAGUAUCGACAGCGCUUAUUUCUUCGUGGGCCUCCACCAGGACCUGCAAACCCUCCCAGAUUAGCCAGCUCUUACCACCUGAAGCAGCCUAAUGUGCCUUUUCCUCCAGCGAGCAACGGUCUUUCUGGAUACAAGGAUGCUAGUCAUGGCAUUGCAGAAAGUGCGGCCCUCAGACCACAGUGGUGCUGCCACUGCAAAGUGGUUAUUCUGGGCAGCGGCGUGAGGAAGUCGGUCAGAGACCUGGCCUUUGUGAACAAGGAUUUCCGAGAAAGCUCCAGUAGGGUGGAAAAGGACAUUGUCUUCUGCAGUAACAACUGCUUUGUUCUCUAUUCAUCAGCUGCCCAAGCAAAAAACUCGGAGAGCAAGGACUGCAUGGCUUCGUUGCCACAGUCACCGGUCAGAGAGCCACCUUCCAGAGCUUUCCAUCAGUACAGCACCAACAUCUCCACUUUGGAUGUGCGUUGCCUGCCGCAGUUCCAGGAGGCAGCUUCGCCCCCCGCGUCGCCUCCCAUCACGUUCCCUCCUGCUUUUGAAGCCGCCCAGGUCGAGGCAAAGCCCGAUGAGCUGAAAGUCACCGUCAAGUUAAAGCCUCGGCUGAGGACCGUCCACGGCGGCUUGGAGGACUGCCGGCCGAGCGCUAAGAAGUGGCGGGGCAUGAAGUGGAAGAAGUGGAGCGUCCACAUCGUGGUCCCCAAGGGGGCGUUCCGACCCCCCUGCGAGGAGGAGAUCGAUGAGUUUCUGAAGAAACUGGGCACGUCCCUGAAGCCCGAUCCUGUGCCCAGAGACUAUCGGAAGUGCUGCUUCUGCCACGAAGAAGGCGACGGCCUGACAGACGGGCCGGCCCGGCUGCUCAACCUCGACUUGGACCUGUGGGUGCACCUGAACUGCGCGCUGUGGUCCACCGAGGUCUACGAGACCCAGGCUGGCGCCUUAAUCAACGUCGAGCUCGCCCUCAGGCGCGGCCUGCAGAUGAAGUGUGUCUUCUGCCACAAGAUGGGGGCCACCAGCGGGUGCCACCGAUUUCGAUGCACCAACAGUUACCACUUCACCUGCGCCGUGAAAGCUCAGUGCAUGUUCUUCCGAGACAAAACCACGCUGUGCCCCAUGCAUAAGCCAAAGGGGGUCCACGAGCAGGAGCUGAGCUCCUUCGCCGUCUUCAGGAGGGUCUACGUGCAGCGCGACGAGGUGCGGCAGAUCGCCAGCAUCGUGCAGCGGGGGGAGCGCGACCACACCUUCCGGGUGGGCAGCCUCAUCUUCCACACCAUCGGCCAGCUGCUCCCGCAGCAGAUGCAGGCCUUCCACUCGGCCAAGGCGCUCUUCCCCGUGGGCUACGAGGCCAGCCGGCUCUACUGGAGCACGCGCUACGCCAACCGGCGCUGCCGCUACCUGUGCUCCAUCGAGGAGAAGGACGGGCGCCCCGUGUUCGUGAUCAGGAUCGUGGAGCACGGCCACGAAGACCUUGUCCUGAGCGACACGUCGCCGAAAGGUGUCUGGGAUAAAAUUUUGGAGCCUGUGGCAUGUGUGAGAAAAAAAUCUGAAAUGCUCCAGCUUUUCCCAGCCUAUUUAAAAGGAGAGGACCUGUUCGGCCUGACGGUCUCUGCAGUGGCGCGGAUCGCCGAAUCACUCCCUGGGGUUGAGGCGUGUGAAAACUACACCUUCCGGUACGGCCGCAACCCGCUCAUGGAGCUUCCUCUUGCCGUCAACCCCACAGGUUGUGCCCGUUCUGAACCUAAAAUGAGUGCCCAUGUCAAGAGGUUUGUGUUAAGGCCUCACACCCUGAACAGCACCAGCACGUCCAAGUCCUUCCAGAGCACAGUCACCGGGGAGCUGAACGCGCCCUACAGCAAGCAGUUUGUCCACUCCAAGUCGUCCCAGUACCGCAAGAUGAAAACCGAGUGGAAGUCGAACGUGUACCUGGCCCGGUCUCGGAUUCAGGGGCUGGGCCUCUACGCUGCGCGGGACAUCGAGAAGCACACCAUGGUGAUCGAGUACAUCGGGACCAUCAUCCGGAACGAGGUCGCCAACAGGAAGGAGAAGCUCUACGAGUCGCAGAACCGAGGCGUGUACAUGUUCCGCAUGGACAACGACCACGUCAUCGACGCCACGCUCACAGGAGGGCCUGCGAGGUACAUCAACCAUUCAUGUGCACCUAACUGUGUGGCUGAAGUGGUGACUUUCGAGAGAGGACACAAAAUCAUCAUCAGCUCCAGUCGGAGAAUCCAGAAAGGAGAGGAGCUUUGCUAUGACUAUAAGUUUGACUUUGAGGACGACCAGCACAAGAUCCCCUGUCACUGUGGCGCCGUGAACUGCCGGAAGUGGAUGAACUGAGUGCAUAUUCCUGGCUGUCUCAGAGGGCGGCUUGUCCCUAGGAAGAAGCGAUUCACACACCAUUUGAAUUUCGCAGACGGAAAGGUGUUUUUGUUUUCUGUUUGAUGACUUUUCGAAAACUAGCUUCUGGGCGUCGUGAUGGCCUCGGUCGGUCGGUCGGUUGGUCCGUCGGUUGGUCGGUCGGUCGGGUGGAGGCACCUGCAGAGAGCUGAGCGAAGCAGCAGCUUCCCCGGGGGCUGGGGCUAGAGCGGAACCCCAGAAGGGUCCAGCACUUUUUGUUUCUUUUGCUUUCUUUUUCCUUUUCGUGGGUGGGUUUUGUUUUGGUCUCUCUUUCUUCUUCUUUUUUUUUAAUUUUAGUCUCAUUAAGGAGAAACUUUUACUGGGGCAAAGAGCCGAUGGCUGCCCUGCCCCAGGGCGGGGGCCUUCCUAUGAAUGUAAGACUGAAAUCACCAGCGAAAGGGAGUCGUCCUAAGUGCUGGCCACGGCCUUAUUUGCAAAAGGGGCAGGCCCUCUAAUUUAAAGUGUUUUUAAAUAAAGUAGACACCACUGAACAAGGAAUGUACUGAAAUGACUUCCUUAGGGAUAGAGCUAAGGGAUAAUAACUUGCACUAAAAUACAUUUAAAUACUUGAUUCCAUGAGUCAGUUUAUUGUAGUUUUUGAUUUCUGUAAAAUAAGAGAAACUUUUUGUAUUUAUUAUUGAAUAAGUGAAUGAAGCUAUUUUUAAAUAAAAGUUAGAAGAAAGCCAAGCUGCUGCUGUUACCUGCAAAACUAACAAACCUGUUACUUUGUACAAAUAUGUAAAUAUUUUGAGAAAAAAAUACAGUAUAAAAAUAGUUAUUGACCAAAUGCUACCAGGCUCUGCAGCAGCUCGGGUGCUUAUAAAAUGUUCAUAGGGGUGUUACAAUAUAAUUUUGUUAUUAAAUAUGCCAUUAUAAUUAUGUAAUAACCAAAAUUUCAACCUAGAGUGUUUGGGGUUUUUUGCAAAUUACGAUCUAUUAGUACUUAAUUGUUUUCUACACCUUACUUCUGACAGAACGGAGUGUAUGCUAUGACUACAACUUUUAUAGCCGUUUUGGUAAUUUAAACUAACUUUUUCAUAUUAUAUUGCUGCAUCCCUACUUCUUCAGUCAGGUUUUUUUGUGCUUACAAUUUGUGAUAACUGUGAAUAACUGCUUAAAAAUACACCCAAAUGGAGGCUGAAUUUUUCUUCAGCGAAAGUAGUUUUGAUUAGAACCUUGUUUCAAGCCACAAAAAAUCAUGUAAAACAUUACUAGGAUCAUGUAGCAGGAACUGAAAUCUAACUCUAUAGCCUUCUAUUUAACACAAAAAUUUGAAAAAGAAAAAAAAAAAAAAAGACAGAGACGUGAUUAUGCUUGCAGCUGCAGGACCCCGGCAAUAGGGUUUUGGAAGAUGUAAUUUUAAAAUGUGUUGGUAUGAACUGUUUGUUUACAUUUCUUUAAUAAAAAAACACUGUUUUGUGUUUGCUUGUAGAAACUUAAUCAGCAUUUUGAACCAGGUUAGCUUUUUAUUUUGUACUUAAAAUUCUGGUACUGACACUUCGCAGGCUGAGUAUAAAAUGAAGUUUUCGUGUGCACAAUUCAAGUGGGCUGUAAGCUGUCGGUAUGUUCAGUGAUGCAGUUCUGAACUUGUAAUGUAUAUGGCAUGAUGUAUUUUUAUCUUACAGAAUAAAUCAAUUGUAUAUAUUUUUCUCUUGAUAAAUAGCUGUAUGAAAUUUGUUUCUUGAAUAUUUUUCUUCUCUUGUACAAUAUUCUGACAUCCUACCAGUAUUUGUCCUCGGGUUUUUGUUCUGUUUUCUGUUCUGUAUAAUAGUAUCUAAUGUUGGCAAAAAUUGAAUUUUUUGAAGUAUACAGAGUGUUAUGGGUUUUGGAAUUUGUGGACACAGAUUUAGAAGAUCACCAUUUACAAAUAAAAUAUUUUACAUCUA